AUGGGCGCACUACUAUCGCUCCCGUUCCUGGCGUUGCCCGCUAUGGGCACGGUCUGGAGUAUUGCCGCCUCCUGCUGUGGAGCGGCGACUUGUAGCGCUGUGUUUGGCUCAUGUGGAGGCAACUGCGGUAACAGCAUCGCCACCCGUAUCGCCUACGCGCUCAUUCUCCUCGUCAACUCGAUCGUGUCAUGGAUCAUGCUCACAGACUGGGCUAUGAAGAAGCUCGCCCACCUCACGCUCGAUUACGUCGACAUCAAAUGCCACGGCGAGCAAUGCUACGGAUACGUCGCGGUACAACGCAUCAACUUCGCCCUCGGCUUCUUCCACGUCCUAAUGGCUCUCAUGCUCGUCGGAGUACGGUCCUCCAAGGACGGGCGCGCGCCGAUACAGAAUGGAUUCUGGGCCCCCAAGGUUCUUGGAUGGCUUGCCAUGAUUGUCUUGACCUUCUUCAUCCCGAACUCUUUCUUCAUCGUAUGGGGCAAUUAUUUCGCCAUGGUGGGCGCGUGCCUAUUCCUGCUCAUUGGACUUAUUCUGCUCGUCGACCUGGCGCACAACUGGGCCGAGUACUGCCAGGAGAAGAUCGAAGUCACUGAGUCGAGGGUAUGGACGGGCUUGCUUGUCGGUUCUGCGCUGUUCAUGUACCUGGCUUCGUUCGCCAUGACCGUGGUCAUGUACAUCUACUUUGCGCGCAGUGGAUGCGGCAUGAACCAGGCAGCCAUUACGAUCAACCUGUUGCUACUCCUGAUAUCAUCAGUAGUCUCCAUCCACCCUGCCGUCCAGAGCGUGAAUCCUCGCGCCGGCCUCGCCCAAUCCGCCAUUGUAGCAAUCUACUGUACCUACCUAACCAUGUCCGCCGUGGGCAUGGAGCCGGAUGACCACCAGUGCAACCCUCUGAUCCGCGCCCGUGGCACCCGCAAAGCUACCAUCAUCAUCGGUGCAAUCGUCACCUUCAUCACGGUCGCCUACACUACCACACGCGCCGCCACCUACGGCCUUGCGCUUGGCUCCCAAGGCAACUCGUAUGGAAAUGGCUACGCGCAAGUCGGCUCCGACGACUAUGAGCAUGGUCUCGUCACGCAACAGCCUGAAAGCCGCCGGGAUAUGCGCCAAGCUGCUCUUCGGGCUGCGGUAGAGUCAGGCUCGCUCCCUGCGUCCGCACUCGAUGAUUCAGACAGUGACGAUGAAGACGACGAGCCAAGCAAUAAGAAGAACCCUCGUGAUGAUGAGCGGAACGCCACACAGUACAACUAUACCCUCUUCCACAUCAUCUUCUUCCUCAGCACCACGUGGGUCGCCACGCUUCUGACGACAAAUUUCGACGAAAAGGAUGUGGCAGGCAGUUUCGUACCGGUCGGUAGAACUUACUGGGCCAGCUGGGCCAAAAUCAUUAGUGCAUGGGUGUGCUAUGGCAUCUAUACAUGGAGUCUAGUUGCGCCACUCGUGUUGCCGGAUCGAUUUGACUACUAG